AUGGAUCCGCCACCUAUCGUUGAAGAUCAACAAGACGUGUCGGAUCUGGACUUCAUGUGGGACUCAGAUCAAGAUUAUGACAAAUGUGUAGACAAUCAUGAUGGGAGCGACCUAUGUCCCCGUUCAGAUGGCGUACUACCUGAAGACCCCGUGACGACGGAAGAUGUGAAGAUUGAGGACAGUCAGCUAUGUGGAUCUGAUAAUCUGACACCAGGAGAAAUCAAUCGACUUCGCCCAAAGAUCAGGAAGUUCCGACACCUCUCGAUCACCAAAGGCGAUUCCCUUCCGCCGGCCACCAGCGGUGUUGUAUGUGAUAUUGUCGUCGGAGGAGCGAGACCUGUCACCCCGACGUGUCGGAAGCUGGUAGACUUCAUCAAAGGUUUAUUGUCCGCCAAGAUGAUCAGUUACUCGAGAUCACCGUGGGCUUCACCAAUCGUGGUGAUAAUCAAGAAAAAUGGAGUGAAUGUAAGGUUAGGUAUUGACCAUUUGCUAUUUAACUGUUUAACUCAGUUGACGGUCUAUCCAAUGACCUUGAUUAACGACUUACUUGACUAUCUAGAGUCGACAUUUUGGUACUGUUUAUUGGAUAUGGCGAGUGGAUUUUGGGUGGCGAAAAUGCUGAAUUAUGUUCGCUUGAUUUCGGCUUUUGUUACUCCCAUUGCGCUAUUUGAAUGA